CAUUGUGAGCUGAACGAAACACAAGCUCCUCUGAUCAGCUGACUGGAAGUGUGAUGCUGUCCGAAGGGUUUUCAACAGCGACUCAUUUAACUGUAUUUUCAGCAAUGUUUUAUUAAAACAACUUCCAAUAUUAACAGAUUAUUUUGUAGUUUACUGAAGUGAUUUAUAUAAUCGGACCCUUUCCGUGAUUAUUUGAGCAGCCAUCAUGACAGAGUUCUGGCUGAUCUCUGCUCCUGGAGAGAAGACCUGCCAGCAGACAUGGGACAAGAUGAACAUGGCCACAAGCCAGACCAACCUGUCCACUAACCACAAGUUCAACAUACCUGAACUGAAAGUGGGGACUCUGGAUGUCCUUGUAGGGCUGUCUGAUGAGCUUGCCAAACUGGACUCUUUCGUAGAGAGCGUAGUGAGGAAAGUGGCCCAGUACAUGGCGGAUGUGUUAGAGGACAGUCGAGAUAAAGUUCAGGAGAAUCUUUUGGCCAAUGGAGUUGAUCUGGUCACAUAUGUUACACGGUUUCACUGGGAUAUGGCCAAGUAUCCGAUCAAACAGUCCCUUAAGAACAUCUCAGAGAUCAUGUCCAAGCAAGUGAGUCAGAUUGACAAUGAUCUUAAAGCCAGAGCUUCAGCUUAUAAUAGCCUAAAGGGAAACCUGCAGAGUCUGGAGAGAAAGAAUGUAGGGAGUAUUUUGACUAGGAGUUUGGCUGAUAUAGUCAAGAAGGAGGAUUUUGUUCUGGACUCUGAAUACCUUAUUACUCUACUUGUAGUUGUUCCAAAGACGAGUUAUCCUGACUGGCAGAAGACAUAUGAAACUCUUUCUGAAAUGGUGGUUCCAAGAUCCACAAAGCUUUUAUUUGAAGACCAAGACAGUGGGCUGUUUAGUGUUACUCUCUUCAGGAAGGCUAUUGAUGACUUCAAACACAAAGCAAGAGAAAACAAGUUCAUGGUGCGUGAUUUUCAGUACAAUGAAGAGGAGAUGAAAGCAGACAAAGAGGAGAUGACUCGCCUCUCCACUGACAAGAAAAAGCAAUUUGGUCCUUUGGUGCGUUGGCUUAAAGUAAACUUCAGUGAGGCUUUCAUCGCAUGGAUACACAUCAAGGCCCUUCGGGUUUUUACAGAGUCAGUCUUGAGGUAUGGGCUGCCAGUCAAUUUCCAGGCCAUGCUGCUUCAGCCCAACAGGAAGAAUGUAAAGAAACUGAGAGAAGUUCUGCAGGACCUUUACAAACACUUGGACAGCAGUGCUACUGUUAUUGAUGCAUCUAUGGACAUCCCGGGUCUGAAUCUCAGCCAGCAAGAGUACUAUCCGUAUGUUUACUACAAGAUCGACUGCAACCUCCUUGACUUCAAAUAGAAUGCAAAUUCCAGUGCACCAUUCCAUCCUGCUUCACAGAGACUGUACCCAAUAAUUGAUUAAACACUUACUGUUUAUCUUUACUUUUUACCUCUCUGUUAGUACCUUCCUCUCACUGCCUCAUUCCUUCAUCAUUCCUGCAGAUCAGAUUAGAUUUCUAAUAAGAAGUCUCAGAAUCUCACAGUUGGUUUCAUUUGUUUACAAAUGAAGGUUUUUCAGGGGUUUUAAAAUCUGUCCUUCGAGGGCAUGUGUGGUCCAACACUGAACACUCGUCUUUCGCUGAGCACAUAAUGGUUAUGCAUUCUGUUUUUAAUUUUCUGUUGGUGCUUACUCUGUGCCAUGUGCGGGUAAUGCAGUGAUUAUAUUUAAUUGUGUUGCUGAGAACCACUAUGUUUGUGUUUGUCUGUGUUUGUACUUCUGCUGUGAGAUUAAAUGUAUUUACUGUAUGUUUUUGUUGGAAAAGGUGAAAUACAUGAUCACAUGCUGGAUGUGAAGACCAAUCAAAGUCAAUAAAAUUAUAGCACGUAA